CAGAAGAGCAUAAAAUGGGCUGUGUUGUGGUCUUUGCUUACUGGGACUAACUGGAACAGAAACACUGCCCAUUUUACACUCAUGGUGAAAUACAACCCAGCUGAGUGUGAUCACUGUAAGUUCCAUAGAGUCAACUUUACUGAUAGCAGAUUUUAGCCUAUUUCCUUAAUUUCUCAGGUUAAACAUCACACUUCAAAAGAUAAGUAAAUCUGAGCAGAUGUACAAUUUAGAAAGGAUGAUGGUCCCUCCACAAAAAGAAGUGGUAGAGAAAAACAUCUGAAUGACAGAAAACCAGUAUGGAGCACAUGUUACUAGAGAAUUAAAAAAGCCAGAGCUGUUUGACUAAAACUCCCCAGAUCCUGAGUCAGAACCAGUUUGACAGGUGUGCUCAAGUUUGAUGUGAUUCAGUGUCAUCUUUUUCCUUACCCAAUAUCUUCUGCUCCUACUGUGCAGCUUCCCUGCCAGCCUGUUCCCCUUCCCUGUUUUCCAUGCAGGCUCCCCUAGCAUUUCCCAGUGCUUGAGCUUUGUUCUCACUGCCAUUUCUGCAGCCUUCACCUCCCUCUCUGUCCCCGUGUUCCCUCAGCCGUGUCCCAGGCCUCCAUCCCCAGCCCUGCCCAGGGAGGCCAAGGCCUGAGGGCAGAGCUGUGGGGACCCUCCUGGAGCCCUCCCAAGGAACACGGCCCACAGAGCCCACAGGCUCCACAAGAGGCCAGGAAUGAACCUGGAUGCUCUGUUCCAGCAAAUACAGUUCAUGGAGAAGCAGGCGAGGGAGAAGAGGAGCUUCAUCCAACAAGCUAAAUGCGACAUAAAUAGAGGUUAUGAGAAAAUUAUCCAAAUGAAAGAAGAGCUGAGCGCUGCAAAAAUUAACUUAGAAACCCAGGUUCAGCAUCUUUCUGUAAAGCAAUUCAAUGCUGAAAUUCUGAAGAAACGUGAAGACAGCUUAGAAAAACAAACAGCUGAACUUAUGAAUCAAAGAGCCAGUCUUCUUAAAAUCAUGGCAGAUGCAAAGAAAAAAAUUACUGAAGAGGAAGAUAAUUUUACCAGAGAAGUAACAGAGUUUAACAAUGAAUAUGGACUAACAAGUAAUAGAGAUCUUCUUAUUAAAAAGAAAGUCAAGACUGAAAUAAAUGAUUUAGAGAAUGAGGCAGCUCUGUUGAAAAAUGAAAUGGAGUCAAUGGAACAUAAAAACGUUCAGUUAAAUGAACUCCAGCUGCAGAAGGAUGAAUUAAAGCAGGAUUUAUUUGCUCUCCAAAGUGAGCUCAAAGACCUUGAGAAAGCAAUCAGGGAAGCUGAAAGAAUGACAAAACAUUUAGAAGCAGAAAAAGUUCAAGUCACUGAAAAACCUCAGACUGAUCCUGAAUGUUUAAGACUUAAGAAAGAAUUGGAAAAAUGCAAAGAUGAUAGCUGGGAAAGUGUCUGUGAGACUCUUCAAACAGAAAUUGAAAUUCUGCAAAUGAAUUUGUCACAAAAGAAGUCUUCAGGGAAAUGAAUAAUAUGUGGUAUAUAGUAUGGAGUGUCACAGAAGCAAAUCUGAGAAUUUUUAGUUUUAUUCAGGUUCUAUCAGAUUUGUUUCUUUUUUUGUUUGUUUGUUUGAUUAA